AUAAGGAGAGAGAAAAUGUGCAUACGAGUGAGAGGGAUGGAUUAUUAGGGCAUGUGUUUAUAUAUUUUGUUUUUGUUUGUUUCUUUGUUUGCUUCUUCUUAUUUAACUCCGUCUCUUCCCUGUUUUUCCAUUCCUAGCUAGCCUCGAACUUUCCCUUUCCUUUUCCCUUCACUUUCCUUUCCUUCUUUUCCAUUUCUCGGGAUCUGAUCUCUCUCUCUCUCUCCGUGUCUUGAAGAGGAUCAGUUCAAUUCCCGAGGAUUUGCUUUGCUCUUCUUGUUUGUUUGUUUGUUUGUAUGUUUUGUUUUUGUGUCUGGUCCUUUCUUUUCUGUGCUUCUUUUUUGUCUGCUUCAGUGGGAUUUCACAACCAAAAAGUUAAAAAGAGUGACGAAAGCCAAGCUUCCUAUAUUGUCUCCUACAUAUAUAUCUUUAAGCUACCAUCUGGCUGCUUGGUGGAUAUACGAGGUUUACUUGAUCAACCAGAUCUGUGUGCAGCAGUUUUAGCUUCCAUAGGGUGUUGUCACCGUACAAGAUUACCAAGGUUUUGGAUAACUAUACGGAGAAGAUGAAUACUUUUUCACAUGUACCGCCGGGCUUUAGAUUCCACCCCACGGAUGAAGAACUUGUCGAUUAUUAUCUUAGAAAGAAGAUUGCUUCAAAGAGGAUUGACCUUGAUGUCAUCAAAGAUGUUGAUCUUUAUAAGAUUGAGCCGUGGGAUCUUCAAGAAUUGUGCAAAAUAGGAACUGAUGAUCAGAAUGAAUGGUACUUUUUUAGCCACAAAGACAAGAAGUACCCUACUGGAACUCGAACCAAUAGGGCAACGAAAGCCGGAUUCUGGAAAGCUACAGGAAGAGAUAAGGCUAUUUACUCAAGGAACAUCCUCAUUGGCAUGAGAAAGACCUUAGUCUUUUACAAAGGCCGUGCUCCAAAUGGACAAAAGUCAGAUUGGAUCAUGCAUGAGUAUCGACUAGAAACUAGUGAGAAUGGAACUCCUCAGGAAGAAGGAUGGGUUGUGUGUAGGGUGUUCAAGAAGAGAUUGGCAACAGUGAGGAAAAUGGGUGAUUACGAGUCACCAUGUUGGUAUGACCAAGUCUCAUUCAUGCCAGAACUUGAGUCUCCAAGGAGAUCAAUUUCCCACCCUUAUGCCUCACCAUAUCACCAGCAGCAGCAGCACUAUUCCCAGUGCAAACAAGAGCUUGAUUUGCAGUACAACAUGCCACAUCAUCACCACCAUGAUUCUUUCCUCCAGCUACCUCAAUUAGAAAGCCCCAAGGUUCCUCAGUCAGCCCCAUAUGGUUCAAUGUUGCAGUCUUCCACACUCACACAAGAGGAGCAAUUGCAGCAGCACAUCAAUCAGCAGCAAAACAUGUUCAACUCAUCGUCAUCGUCAUUGGUGCUUUACAACAAUAAUGAUCAGCAAUCUGUUGAUCAGGUGACCGAUUGGCGUGUGCUCGACAAGUUUGUUGCGUCACAGCUGAGCCAGGACCAGCAAGAUGCUUCCAAGGAAGUUACAAAUUACUCCAAUGCAGCAUCAAUGUUUCAUGUGGCCAACAUGCUGGCCAAUGAGUCUUCCAGAAGGCCAGACAAUGAAAAUUUGGGGCAGGACUAUGCCUCAACAUCCACCUCUAGUUGCCAAAUUGAUCUGUGGAAAUGAUCAGAACAUGAAUAUUACAUAUAAUUAGCCAAUACAUGAUACUAAUUAAUCGUAGGAAGUACAGUACUUCAAAGGGAUCAAGAAAACACAAUAUUAUUAUAAUCCAGCUGCUGUACAUAAGAAAACACAAUGCUAUUUCUUUACCCUACCUAUUCGACUUUUGUGCCCUUUGAUGUUUUAAUGAAAUACUAGGCAGCUAGCUAGGUAGAACAUAUAUGUUUAAUUACAAAAUAACUUAGUCAAGACAACGUGGAUUGUAUGGCGUAGCAGUACUUGUUGAACUAUCUGGCCAAUAUAUAUUUGUUGAAUGUA